AUGCAAGAUUCAGUCAGUCAGUCGGUAUCCGGCUUUUCAAAAGCUCCCGUAGUGUUCUGUCCGAAAAACAAAAAGAAGAAAAACCUUUCUAUAGCAGGCGUUGAAAAAAACCUCCCAACUCUUUCUUCUUCUCUCGCUCCAACUCCAACAGACUCGGAGGAGGAGGGUAGCGGAAAUGACUUCUGUUGA